AUGUCGAGAGAGCAGGUGUCGACGUCGGGCCCGGCGGCCGCGCUGACGUCGCUCUUCUCGCAGUGGCGGUCCUAUCGCCAGAUCCACCGCGUCUUCCUGGUCCUGUUCGUCGUGAGCACAAUCUUCGUCCUCGACCGCUACCGCGUCGCCCUGGCCGGCACCCUCGGCGUUCCCUACCGACCGCCUAUCAUGGUCCAGGCCGACGACGGGCCGUCGUCCGGACAUUCCGAGGACACGGCCAUCGAGAGAGCUGGCAACGGUACCCUCGGCUUCCACGCCAUCUACUACGUCAAUAUGAAGGCCCGCUACGAUCGCGAAGACGCCAUGGCCCUGCAGGCCUACAUAUCGGGACUCGACAUCCAAGACUACCCUGCCGUCGAGUCCGACAUGAUUGACCCGGUCGGCAUGCCGCCAACUCACCGCCCCGGCGUUCUCAAGGUCGGCGAGAGGGGCUGCUGGCGGGCGCACGCGAACAUCUGGUCCGAGAUGGUGAGGAAGAAGUUGCCGCCAGUCUUGAUCAUGGAGUCGGACGCGACCUGGGACAUCAACGUGCGGCCCAUCAUGAGCAACCUCAACAAGCAUUUCGUCGAGUUCCUGCGCAACAUCAAUUCGACGGCCGUCCACGACCCGAGCUGGCGUGCCAAGAACAACCGGCACCCCCUCGCCGACGACCCGCACCGCGCCGAAACAUAUGUCCCCCCCAACGAUGCCACAAACGGUACCGCCACAGCGGCGCCGACGCCCGCGCCGACGCCCAUCGAGUUUAAUGUCGACGACCCGUGGCUGAGCGAGCACUGGGAUCUUUUCUCCAUCGGCCAGUGUUUUGAGACAAACCAAGACAAGGACGUCAACCUCGUCUACACGGAUCAACACGUACCCGCCGGCAAGAACUAUUGGGGCGUCAAGCUGGGCAACCAGCGCGUCAUCCGCAAGUCGGGCGGCAUCACGUGUACCACCUCGUACGCCAUCAGCCACACCGGCGCCGCCAAGCUUCUUCUGCGCUCUUCCAUCGACCUCGACAACCCGGUCGACUUGCUCAUCCGGAGAAUGACUCUGUCGCGGGACCUCGUCGCCUACAGCGUGCAGCCGCCCAUCGUCGCACAGUGGGAAUACCGCGGCGACGUCGGCAUGAACGAGCGCGGCGCGCAGAGCGACAUCAACGGCGGCAAGCACAAAGACACCCCGAGCGAUGCCGAGAUGAAGGGCUGGGACGAUGUCAAGAAGACGGGCUCGGUUUGGACCACCAAGAGCCUCCACCACGACGUCGGUUUCGACAGGAUGGCGCUGGAGGUCGCUUGGGACCAGAUAUUAACCAACGUCGUCCUCACCGACAGCUGGUACAACCCAGUAGAUAAGGACUGA